UUGCCAUUUUCAAAACUUAAAUUCCUCCUCAAUUUCAGUCGACCUGACUCUUCCUGUCUUCGAGUGCAAAAUUCACAAUAUCAUGCCUUCACAGCAGAGAAGUUGAAUAUCCUGACACAAAGAAGCAAACCCGGUAGGAAUUUUACCCUCAAUCAGCAAUGUGCUAUUGCACUAAGGCAAAAGGAAUCGCAGUUUUGUGGACACAGUUUCACCGUCUGCAAGCAACUUCACUGCUAUGAUGUUCAACGAGAAAUGUGCCUUCCUGUUGAGGCACCUUGGGCAGAAGGGUCUCGAUGCGGAUACAAUCGGUGGUGUGUGAUGGGUAAAUGCCUUCCUGAGGGAGAAACAAUUCCUUCAGUAAAUGGUGGAUGGUCUGCAUGGGAAGAAUGGGGAGUCUGUUCUCGGUCCUGUGGAGGUGGCAUCCAGUUCUCCAGACGUGAAUGCACAAGUCCUGAACCUCAAAAUGGCGGGGAGCCUUGUCUUGGUACAAAUGUUCGCAUUCGUUCUUGCAAUGUUCAGUUGUUUCCCUUAAUCUAUUUAAAUUACCUGCCCUUCUUUUCCCAUUACCUCCGUCAAGCCGGUAAUUCGAACGCCUGCAAACUCGUUUGUCUUGAUGGUAUGAAGGAAGUAAAGCACAACGAGAGCCUUCCUGAUGGUACGCCCUGCUACUCAUCCGAACCGGAUAUCUGUGUAAAAGGAAAGUGUUGGAAAGCCGGUUUGAUCUUCGAAGAGUUGAAGACGCGAAUUCGUCGAGGCGAGACUAGAGAACCAUUCGCCGGAGCGGAACUCUACUACAGUGGAAGUCGAAGGAAGGAGGAGAUUGUCUUCAUUAAAGGUCGCAUCAACAAAAAUGUCAAUAUUUUGAUCAGAAUUGAAAAUAAGGACACAACACAGCCUUUACCAGAUGUGAAUUAUACCUACUACGUUGAUAAAGGUUCAAAAGAUCUUCGUUUUAAUCCAGACGAUUACCAUUCUAGCGACCCUCUUCUUCCAUUCCUUCGAUCACCACGCAAAGACACUCCCGUAGAAGAGCCGUCAGCCGUCGCAACUUAUCAACGGACUCAGAAUGAACCCAUUCACUUUGAAUGGAAAAUGGAUGAAGUUCCGAAAGAAUGCACUAGCUGCUCUGCUUAUUUUUGUUUUCUCCAUGAAGGGAUUGUGAAAAGUCACGCCUCCUGCUACCCAGUAUUCACAUCUGUAGUUGCAGCCAAACGUUAUGGUAUGCACCCUCUCCAUCCCGUAUCAGCUCGCUAUUGUGGAGAGGAGUCCAGACCUGCCGCUGCUACACGAAACUGCGCUGACUACUGCGGUGUGCGAUGGUCGUGGAAGGAGGUGAAUAACUCCGACAAUUCCGCCUCCCAAUCCUCCUGUUCAGCACGAUGUGGAGAGGGAGUUUCUGAAGUCCGUUUCACAGCAGUGUGCGAAGAGAAGGUUCAAGAGAGAGAUUCGGCCUAUAUCACUUGGCGAGAAAGUUCUCUGGGCGCUUACGCCUGUAUCAAAGCGGAGUUAGGUGAACCACCUGAGGAUCGAGUUAUAACAAACAGAUGCAGCGGUAGUUGUAGGCCUCUGCAAUGGGUCUUUUCCGACUGGCAUGAGUGUUCAGAAAAGUGUGGAUCAAGCACGAAACAGAGAAGCGUGACGUGUGUAGACGAUAUGGGUGAGCAUUGGCCGCUAACCGAAUGCUUGAAGAGUAUCCCCUCGGAUUCCAUGCACACCCUAGAUGGUGUCGACAACUACGUCGGUACAGAAUCAGCCGAAUGCUUUGAAGUUAGCGGAUGCGGUGGAGAAUUUAAAUGGGUCAUUUCCUCGUGGUCUGAUUGCAGGCAGAAUACUGGUUACAGCGACACAGGAGCUCUUUGUUAUUCCACUCUACGACAAAUGCUCUACAGGAAACCGCAGACCAUCCCAAGUAGUUCCUCCCUCGCAGGGGUUCGAUCUCGAUCCGUAAAAUGUAUUCUUAGCUCUGGAUCCAAUGAAGAAGAUCAACGGGAAGCUCCGGAACAAUACUGUGAACGGGCAGGUCUUCCCAAACCUCCAGAACAGCAAUCCUGUACCGUGGACUUCACAUGUUACAGAUGGACGGUUGUUCACUUCUCCAAGUGCUCUACCACCUGCUCCUUGGGUCAGCGUGUAGGCCAACUCGCCUGUGAAGAGGUCAAAAUUUCUCGCGAUGAAAGCCCAGUUGUAACGACCCUGGGGGAGUCGGACUGCCUUUAUCAUCUCGGUACUAAUGUCUCUUUGCUGAUAGACAGCCGAAGUGACGAGCCAACUGUCUUUAUCGUUGAAAGUGGCUCAAUUGAAGAGCGAGAAGGUUUUCAACGAUCUUCAAGCAUCCGACCUCUGGCUUAUUCACUCGGCAAACCUGUGAUAGUGGCUUGCUCAAACCCGCCCUGUCGUAGUCACAGCAUUGAAUGGAUAUCUAGCGAAUGGUCAUCGUGUUCGGCUACGUGUGGAAUUGGGUUUCAGCGUCGAUCCGUUCGUUGUCUGAAGGUGGAACGUCAAACUGGAGUAUUUGCAAAUGCAGAAACUGUAAUCUCCGAGGAACCAGAGAUAGAGUGCUCAUCUAGGGGCCUAGCAAGGCCUCCUGAUAUGCGGCUCUGCGAGACAGCACCGUGUGUUAAAUGGGUUCCUUCGGAAUGGUCUGAAUGCCAAGGAACAUGUGAAUUGGGAACUCAAGAGCGCCGUAUUAGGUGCGUGAGACAGAUGUCAGUUAAUACAAGCUCACCUGAACGUACCACUUGGCAAAGUUUUGAAAUUCCACCGGAUGGAGGUACUUCGGUCAUUGAACAGGAAGUGAGUCAAUCUGCCUGCGAGUCACAACCAAAACCUUUGGAUAAACGAACUUGUUUGCUACCCACGGAUUGUCCAUAUUGGUAUCAAGGUCCUUGGUCAUCCUGUUCGGCUACUUGUGGUGCUGGACAGCGUUUCCGACGCGUUGACUGCCGUUUCCCUAAUGGAACGGUUCUUUACGUGAAUAGAAUGGUGGCGAGAGUACGACGAAGGCGUGAAUAUCAGACGAUUUCUCGAGAACGUUUUAACGGCCCGAAGUGUCCGGAACCUAGACCAGUAGACAAUACCGAGUGUCAACUUGGACCUUGUCAAGAAAAUAGGCCAUUUUGGUGGCCAGUUGUUUCAACUGUUUGCAUUGCAAAUGGUUGUAACAGAGGCUUUCAAGAAAGGAAACUUCAAUGCUUAACACCGUCAUUUGAGGAAGUGGAUCCGAAGGAGUGCGCCUAUUCUCGGAAACCGCUUGACAAGAUUCCAUGUACUAAGCGAGAAUGCAAAACAUAUCGGUGGAGGGUAGAUCCGUGGACAAGGUGUCCCUACACCUGUGGUAAGCACUCGAGGUAUCGAAAUGUACGGUGUGUUGAUGAUCUUGGUGGAGAAUAUGCAGAUCAUCUGUGUCAAGCUCAUCUCCGUCCGGAUUCCUGGAGUCUGUGUCCUGAUGCAUGUCCAGAUUAUCCAAUCAGCUGUUGGGAUCAAAAACAACGUGAUCUCUCUUCAACUGAUGGCAUUUAUGACAUGGCUGUACAUCGGCAAAUUGUCAAGAUUUACUGCAGCGACAUGGAAACUUCCUAUCCGAAGGAGUAUCUUCCAUUGUAUCAUCAGAAUUACGCAUCUAUUCGUCAUAUUACUGAAACGUACGUGUUCUCAUUUAUAAGCAAAGUAAAAAACCUUCUCCAGUAUCUGUUGCUCUCAGCAUUGAGAAUAUGGAUAAGAUGGUCGGAAUAUAAAAAUAAAUAUACUUUAGUUUAA